AUGUUUCGAUUUAUCAUCGCGCUAAUGGUCCUGUGGGGCGCCAAGACAGUGACGGACCCGGAAAACAACUCAAGUGAGCUGAUGUCGGGCGACGACACUCAGGUUAUGGUGGGCAUUGCCGUGGGAAUGGCCGUCGUGUCGAUGGUACUGGCACUGCUGAUGGUCAAGCUCAUCGUCGCUUAUGCACGCGUCAUGAUCCUGUUCGUACUGUGGUUCAAUGUCGGCAUCUCGUUCGCUCUGGCAGCCUAUGGAUUUGUCAUCGGCAACAUCUUCAUCGCCAUUAUCGGCCUCAUUAUUGCGCUACUAAAUCUCUGCUAUGCGCGUGCUGUGCAGCAUCGUAUCCCGUUCGCAGUCGCCAACUUGCGUGUAGCUGAGGGGGCUAUUUCCAAGCACACAUCGACGUACAUCGUGUCCGUCGUGUUUACUAUUAUACAGAUUGGCUGGGUUGUGAUUUGGGCCAUGGCCGUGCUUGGGGUUGCGAACAAAAUUGCUGACGAUAACCCGAGCUCCACGAGCAACAACACUAAUACGUCCACCAGAUCUACCUACAAGCAAUCGGGGGGAUCGUAUGUCGCGUACUUCUUUUUGCUGCUGUCGUUCUACUGGGGGCUGCAGGUUUUCAAGAACGUUGCUCACACGACUGUCGCGGGUACUGUGGCGACGUUUUGGUACCAGUCCGAGUCAAUGGGCGCCACGGCUGCGUCGCUGAAGCGAGCCACAACCACGUCGUUCGGGUCUAUCUGCUUCGGCUCCCUCAUUGUGGCUUUUCUGCAAGCUCUCCGUGCGUUGGCAGAAAGCGGUCGUCAGGAUGGAAGCGCAUUGGCCUGCUUUGCUGAGUGCAUUCUGGGCUGCCUGCAGUCUCUAAUGGAGUACUUCAACCGCUGGGCGUACGUUUACGUUGGCAUCUAUGGCUACAAAUUCACCCAGGCUGGCAAGGCUGUGUUCGAACUGUUCAAACAGCGUGGCUUCGAUGCUAUCAUUAACGACGAUCUCAUCGGUAACGUUCUCGGCUUCGCAGCUCUCGGUGUUGGCCUUAUUUGCGCCGGUGUUGGUGCGCUGAUUGCGGAAACAACCGACGUGGUCUCUUUCCAAAACAGCACGGCGACCCUAGCCAUCCUUGGCCUCGUAGUCGGCAUUGGUGUUGCCGUCACGCCUCUCGCAGUCAUCGACAGCUCAGUCGCCACAAUCUUCGUGUGUUUUGCCGAGGACCCGGCCGCUUUCCAACACUCGCACCCGGACCUGUACGCGCCGCUGGUGCAGGAGUGGCACAACCUUUACCCAGAGAUUAUGGUGCAAGCCGGAUAUUGGUAUGUUUAG